GUUCAUACUUCAGCAAUCGUAAAAUAUUAAAGCUCAAAAACGAAAAAUUGCGAUUUGUUUGAAUUUAAUUUUUUUAUUAAAAGAUUAUCUAUUUGAAUAACAGGAAAAUUGACGAUAGAUAGGCAAUGGGCUGUGGAGCCAGUGUCGAAGGUGAUUCAGAUUCUCAGGCAUCUCUCGAAGAAUGGGAAAAAGCUCAGAGAAGACGGCGAUCUGUUUUGUCUGAUGUGUCCGAUGUCGAUUCAGAAAACAGCGUUACUUUCCCAAAGGACGUUCAAGAAAAAUCAAUGAAGGCACCUGGAUAUCAGCAAGGUGCAAGCAUUGUUAUUGUAGAAGACAUAGAUUAUCCUCCAGUUCGAGAAACCUCUAUGACUAAUAGCUUUGAAGAUGGCAAAUUGUUUCUGGACAACGACUUCCCACCUUCUGAAUCUACGUUAUAUCACAGUAACAAAAGGCAGAGAGAUCCGCAGAUAGUCUGGUUAAGGCCUCAUGAGCUAAUUAUAAGACCAGAACUCUUAGUUGAUGGAGUGAGUCGGCAUGACAUAGUGCAAGGGAUAUUAGCUGAUUGUUGGUUUUUGUCAUCAUGUUCUGCUGUUGCACAAAGACCAGAUCUAAUGGAAAAGGUCAUACCUUCAAAUCAACCCCUCAGUGGUGAAGGUUACAAAGGUAUAGUAACCUUCCGCUUCUGGAGAUUUGGACAUUGGGUUACAGUUUAUGUGGACGAUUUACUUCCAACGAAGAAGAAAAAACUCAUCUAUUCCAGAAGUUCCGAACCAAGAGAAUUUUGGGUCUCGCUUUUAGAAAAGGCAUAUGCAAAAUUACAUGGUUCAUAUGAAGCUCUAGAAGGAGGACAAGCGAUGGAUGCCUUAGUUGAUCUCACCGGUGGACUAGCAGAAAUGUAUGUUUUGGAAUCCGCACCUCCCCACCUUUACAAUUUUCUACUUCAAGCUUCGACAAAUGGAGCUUUUAUAACUUGUUCUAGAAAAGGUGAUUGGAAAGAAUCAGGGAAAGCUGAUUCUAAUGGGCUGGUAUCAGGCCAUGCUUACACCAUUAGUGCUGUAGCCACGGUUAAAUUAAGCACAGGCUCUGAUGCUUACUUAGUUAGAAUCAGAAAUCCAUGGGGAAACGAUACUGAAUGGAAUGGCAAAUGGAAUGAUAGCGAUACAAAUUGGCACAGCGUUGAUUUGAACACAAAAGAAAAAAUCGAUUACAAUAAACGAAGCGACGGAGAGUUCUGGAUGAGCUAUCAAGACUUUUGCAGGGAAUUUGAAGAAGUCACUAUAUGCAGUCUCAAGCCAGAUUUAACUCACCAUUCCACAAUCAAAAACAAUGCUGUUGUGGAAGCCCCUUAUCCUGCGACUGUCAUGAAGAGCAUCUAUGGACGAUGGGAGGAAGGUAAAAGCUGCGGAGGUUCUCGCAACAAUUUAGUUUCGUUUACAAAAAAUCCACAAUUCUUGCUCACUCUAUCACCCAAAAUAAAUAAAGGGAAUGAUUCGAAGUGUAACAUUGUGAUCGCGCUCAUGCAACUGAGACGUCGCUGCGUACGGCAUCCACGAAGAAAGAUGCUGCAAAUAGCAUUUGUUUUAUUUAAAGUUACAGAACCUGUCAGACAAACUUUACAAAAUUUUCUACACAUCGAAGAAAUUGGUAAUUCUGGACCCUAUGUUAACUACAGAGAAGUUUUUGGUAGAUUUCAAAUGAGUCCGGGCCACUACAUUAUUGUCCCAGCCACUUUCGAACCUGACUCACCAGGAUCAUUUUUCAUACGUGCUUACUCUGACACGCCGAUAACACUAAGAGAGCUUUAAAAUCACUGAAGAACUCAAAUGGUUGGCAUUUCACUACAUCCAGAAUGCAUUUUAAAAAAUUCUAAAUCAUGUAAAUAAUAUUUUUAUUGUUCAUUGUGGG